GCAUGCAUGAUGCAUCCACCAUCCAAACAUGUAGUCCACUGCAAUAGCCAUAGACUAGUACAUCGUAACAUCUUCGGCACACUGAUCAGAAGCCCGAGACAACAUCUUGUCAGAAAAAAGAGACUACUAUCGGUAUUCUAACUCGAAUUGUACCACGGAACACGGAGAAAGAUGGCAGAAGAAACGAUCGGUGGAAGCGUGAGGACUGCGCUGGGCAAUGACAAUUUGACCAAGGAGGAAGCAUUAAAGCACGUGGAGGAGAAUUGGGACAAUACGGAAGAUGGAGGCCAGACGGUUGGUGAAAAGUUGCAUGAUUUCUUCUUGGUGACUCCGACGGGCAAAAAUCUGGGUCUUCCCCAAAAGGAAAAGCUCUCCAAGGAAGAAGCGUUAAAGGCCAUUGAAGACGCCUGGGAGCAUCCUCUGGGCAAACCCCUGCCUGUAUCGGAAUCGAAAGAUGAUGAUGGCCCCCAUAAAACAUGGGGUGAGAAACUGCACGAUUUCUUUCUGGUGGUUCCCACGGGCAAGAACUUGGGACUCCCCCAAAAGGAAAAAGUUUCCAAGGAUGAAGCCCUCAAAAAGAUUGAAGAUGCCUGGGAACAUCCCUUUCAUCAUCCCGAAGAAGAAGUAAAGGGUGUUGAGGAACAUGAAAAGAAGCAAACCGUUGGCGACAAGCUGUACGAAUUUUUCUUUGUGGUCCCCACCGAUGAGAAUAUGGGCAUGCCCCAAGUGGACAAGAUGUCCAAGGAAGAAGCUCUCAAAAAGAUUGAAAGUGCCUGGGAGAAGCCAUUGAAAGGCAAAGUGUGAAAAGGAUGACACACCAUACGUGUACCAUGCCGUCCAGUAGUACAUGUACGACUUGUCGCAUUGUAUGUUUGAUCGAUUGAUGGAUAAGGCCUUUGUUCUUUACCGUACCGGUACUUUACUGUAUGUAAUCUCAAAUAUUUAGUUCUGAUUAAUAAGAAUG